AUGAACGGUGUCGUCCCAAUCCCCACAGAUGCUCUCGACCCUCGCACAGGCAGCAGAUGGAUCCUCGGCGACAAGUUCGACCAGGUCUACCCUCACCUGGGCUCCAUGGAAAACCUCUGGUUCAAGAAAUGGAAAUUUCCCUGCGAACGAAGCCUCUAUCCCUUCCACGACGGCAAAUACGAAGACUUCGCUCCGAUUUUCGAGACGUUGAUUCAGAAGGGUAUCCAUGAUGGAUACAGUGAGCAAUACACGAAAGAGUUUCUGCCGACUUGUGAAGCAUUGGUGGAACAGGGAGAUGUGAAGGUCAAAGAGGGGGACAAGCAGAGUGCCAUUGAGCUGUACUUGAGAGCCUGUGCCGUUUACCGGAUUGCACGAUUCCCCUACAUCAACAGCAAGGUGAAGGUGGACGCGUAUGUGGCGCAGAAGAAGGCGUAUAUCAAAGCUGCGAGCAUGUUUGAGUGUCCAAUUGAGGACGUAGAGAUUCCACACACAGCAGGCACCGAUAAGGAUGAGGGGAGUAAAGUGCCGCUCUACGUGAGAUUGCCAAUAGGCGCCAGCAAGGAGGAACCUGUGCCAUCUGUUCUGUUGAUGUGCGGAUUGGAUGGGCACCGGCCAGACAAUACCACGAGAAGCGACGAGUUCUUGGCGAGAGGCUGGGCGAGCAUUAUCGCGGAUAUUCCAGGCACAGCGGGUAAGUGAUAAGCCGAGACUCAUGAACGUGCAGUGCUCACGCAUGGUUUUCAGAUUGCCCAGCUGGCCGCAACGAUCCUACUUCUGCUGAUCGACUUUGGACCUCCGUUCUGGACUGGAUGCAAUCACAAGGUCAUUUCGACAUGAAGCGAAUCAUCUGCUGGGGCCUCUCCGCCGGCGGCCACAACGCCAUUCGCGCGGCGCAUACACAUUCUACGCGCCUUGCCGGAGCAGUAGGCCAAGGAGCUGGAACGCACCAUUUCUUCUCUCGUGCCUGGCUCCAGAAAGCCAAAGACCACGAAUACCCCUGGACAGCUCUCCCCGCCCUCACCGAAAAGUUCGGGUACAAGAGUGAAGACGAAUUCAUGGACAAAGCACAGCAAGACUUUUCCCUGGUCGAGACGGGGGUGGUGAACAUGCCAGCUUGCAGACUUUUACUAAUCAACGGAACGCAUGACGGGCUCAUGCCGAUUGAGGAUAGUAUGUUGUUGAUGGAGUAUGGCACACCCAAGGAGGCGAGGUUCUUCACGGGACUGUUGCAUAUGGGAUACCCACCUGCCAAUGGGAGUGUCUACCCUUGGAUGGAACAAGUUAUGAAAAGCGUCAGGGAUUAA